AUGGAUGUCGCGCCAGUGCUACCGAACGAGGAGCUUUCUUUGAAAUCUGCAGUAGUGAAGGUGGUCGACGUAGCCACAGAGGACGGGGUGAUAUCAGCAGGCGCCCCUGACGCCAGCGAGGACGUGUCACAGCCCGAGUUCGACACGGAGGACGGCGAUUCUUAUGCCUCAGGGGACUCUGACGACUCCGAAGAUAACUGGGAGACUGAGUCGUUUUAUGAAGAUUCGUUACAGUUUGUCCGCGAUGAACAGCUGCGCGAUGUCCCUGAUGCGUGCACUCUAGAGGAGGCGGCUGCCUUUCGCAGGCGUCUGCAUGAAAUCGGAAAGGCUGCUUUCGCGGAAGAGACAAUAGGGCGAGGAACCAUUACCGCGAAGAAACUCUGCACUGCGUUUGGGAUCAUGCCGCCCUCGUUUCUUGAAGGCGCACCAGACAGGGCUUAUCAUCCCUUACUAAUUAUCGGAAUUUCGCGCGAAUACUCACGGCGCGUGAAGCUAUCACAGUACAAUACGAUUGAUGACGCAGUUGAGCUGCUGAAAAAAUCAAAAAACAUCAUCGUCCUAACUGGAGCAGGUAUAUCUACCAGUCUCGGUAUUCCCGACUUCCGUUCGAAAGAUACCGGCUUGUAUUCAAAGUUGGAGUAUCUGGGUUUGACCGACCCGCAGGAAGUUUUCGAUAUACGCCUCUUCCACGAGGACCCCAAUAUCUUCUACUCCAUUGCAAAGGACAUUCUUCCGACAGAGAAGAAGUUUUCUCCAACGCAUGCUUUUAUCCGUCUCCUUCAGGAUAAAGGGAAACUAUUAACGAACUUCACCCAAAAUAUUGACAACUUGGAAGCAAAUGCGGGGAUUCUGCCUGAGAAUUUAAUACAAUGUCAUGGCUCUUUCGCGACAGCAUCCUGCGUCAAGUGCAAGUACCAGGUCCCGGGUGAGCAAAUCUUCGAACAUGUCCGAAAGGGAGCACUUCCUGAAUGUACUGCCUGCAAAAAGCUGCUCGCAGCUCGGCCUUGCGGAAUGAAACGAAAGCGCAGCUCAAAUGGAUCCCAGGCAAAAGAUCGUAGAAGAAAGGAUUUUGACGACAGCUCGGAUGAUGAAGACUAUGAUAUUCCCACGCCUGGUGUGAUGAAGCCUGAUAUCACAUUCUUCGGUGAAGAUCUUCCGAGCGCAUUCUCGAAGCGUCUUAUUGGUCACGAUCGUGAUCUAGCGGACCUCGUUAUUGUCAUUGGAACAUCGCUGAAAGUGGCACCAGUUGCCGAAGUUCCAGGCAUUCUACCUCGCCAUGUUCCUCAAAUUUUCAUUUCUCGUGAUCCGGUGUCCCACAUUGAUUUUGAUAUUAACAUGCUCGGUGAAUGCGACGUUGUGGUCUCCGAGCUCUGCCGUCGCGCUGGUUGGGAUUUGCAGCAUGAAAUGAUACCCAAAGACCAAACUGUUGAAGUUGCGCUGGAUGAAGGCCACGUCUCGCGAUACCGGUUCACCGCUGCGACCCCAUAG